GAUUGUGGGGAUAAUAUUAUUUGGACGGAACUACAUAAAUAGCGACUGUGCCGGACAUUCAGUCAAAACUCAUUCAAUCGUUAAUCAAGUAGUGAGAAAAUGAUUUCAAAGGCAUUGAUUCCAUUGGCUUUGCUAGCAGCAGUUAAUGCUGGCCUUUUGCCGUAUGAAGCACCAAUUCAUCAACAUGUACCAGUUCAACAAGUGCCACUUCCCGUCACAGCUCAUUCCCAAGUUGUGGCCGUGGAGAAAACUGUUGUGAAAGAAGUUCAAGUUCCAUAUCCAGUUGACAAAUACAUCAAAGUAGAUCGGCAUAUUCCAGUGCAUGUAGAUCGUUACGUUAAAGUCGAUCGUCCUUAUGAAGUUAUCAAAUAUGUGGAUGAACCUUAUUACGUUAAAAUUGAAAAACCAUAUCACGUGCCCAUUGAAACUAGAGUGUCUGUGCCUCAACCAAUUGUCGAAAUCGAACCAAUCAUAAAUGAACCUCAGCACGUUGAAAGAGAAGCUCCACGACACGAAGCACCGCAACAACAAUACAUUCCACCUCAAGAACGUCACGCUGAACCACCUCAACAACAUUUUGACGUACCAGCUGCGCCAAGCCAAAGCUAUGUACCACCUCAAACACACCAAGAACAUCACGCUGAACUACCUCAACAACAUUUUGACGCACCAGCUGCGCCAAGCCAGAGCUAUGUACCACCUCAAACACACCAUCAAUCUCAGCCACAACAACAUUUCGAAGCACCAGCCGCUCCAAGUUACACUCCACCGCAACCUCACCAUCAGCAACCACAAAAAGGCUACCUUCCACCUGAAACACACCAUCAACCUCAACCACACUCUCAGUACCUUCCGCCAGCACACUAAAAAUUCCGCGAAA